AUGUCAAAAAAAGUGGCCGAGGUAUUUCCAAUCACAACCUUUAUUUCAGACCUACCCGUCGAUCUAUUCCAGUCCGCUGCUGGCAAUGGCAGCGGACGCCUGGUCAUCGUAGGCGAUGUACACGGCAUGAGAGGUUCCCUGGAGGCUCUACUCCAGAAAGUCGGCUUUGAGAAAGAAAAUGGUGAUCACCUGAUACUAGUUGGUGAUCUGGUGAAUAAGGGCCCUGAUAGCCCCGGUGUUCUCGACCUGGCUAUCAAGCUAGGCGCCAGCGCGGUGAGAGGCAAUCACGACAACGCCGUUCUCAACGCGGCCGCAGAAAUAAAAGAUGCCAAGGAAAAUCCAUCACCCGAGAAUAACUUGAGCAGCGUGCCUGUACCCGAGAAACCUGAAGCCAAUAUCCCUGGUGCCACGGUUCUCAACCCCGAUGUCCCAGAACAGACGACACCGUCUCCCAAGUAUAAUACAGCGCGAGCGCUCUCGACAAGCCACCUCAAGUGGCUUGCUGAGCUGCCCUUGAUCCUGCGCAUCAAAUUACCUCACCGCCCAUCCUCCUCCCUUGGUGACUCCCUGAUUGUCGUACAUGCGGGUCUCACUCCAGGUGUGCCCCUUGAAGAUCAAGAUCCACAUGCGGUCAUGCAUAUGCGGAGCCUGGUUCAAACACCGGACGACGAGGGUUCGUUGAAACCGGCAGAGGUCCCAGGGGAGGAAAGCUGGGUUAGGGAAUGGGACCAGUGGCAAGAUGGUCUGACGUCCAAGAGCACCGUGGUUUUUGGACACGAUGCUAAGCGUCGUUUGCAGUUGGGCAGGUAUUCAAUCGGACUGGACUCAGGCUGCUUGUAUGGUAAUCAGUUGAGCGCUGUUGUGAUCGCGGUUUCUGAGAGUCAUAUAGAGCAUGAUGUUGUUUCAGUCGAGUGUGCUGAUCCCCACUUGGUUGUAUAG